UCUCAGUUGCUGUGUGGCGAGAUUGGACGGAGGGACACUCCUGACUGUGCGUGGAAACCAUCACACCCGCCUGCACCCGCGCACACACACACGCGCACGCACGCAGCGCCUGCCUCGCUGAAAUCCGGACCCCGCAUGUGAACGUUUUGGAUGUCAGGAGAGGAGGAACUGGUCGCCGGGUCCGCGCGGCUCUUCGUCUUUUUUUUUUUUUUUUUUUUUAAUUUUCUUCUUCUCUCCUCCCUCUCAUGUCACUCUAAUUAAUCUGAGACAUGUGGAAUCGCAGCAGGAUUAGGAGUCUCCUCCCGGUACUGAGCCUGCUGUUGACGCUAUGGACGGAGGUGUCCCAGUCGACGGGCUACUUCGAGCUGCAGCUGAUCUCCGUGGAGAACAUCAACGGCGAGCGGGCGGACGGGGAGUGCUGCGACGGCGCCCGGAGCUCCCCGGACCUGCGCUGCACCCGGGACGAGUGCGACACCUACCUCCGAGCGUGCCUGAAGGAGUACCAGGUGGAGGUCACCACCGGCGGCCCGUGCAGCUUCGGAGCCGGGUCCACGCAGGUCCUGGGCGGAAAUUCGUUUUCUUUCAAGUCCAAGAACAACGCCAACAAAAUCGACGAUGCCGGCAAGAUUGUGAUCCCCUUCCAGUUUGCGUGGCCGCGGAGGUACACACUGAUUUUGGAGGCCUGGGACUGGGACAACGACACACGCAACUAUGGGGAGGAGCUCCUGAUCGAGCGCGGCACCCACGCCGGCAUGGUCAACCCAGGCGAUCCGUGGCAGACGCUCCUAUAUGACGGACCGGUGGCGCGUCUCGUUUAUCGCAUCCAGGUGCGGUGUGACGAGAACUACUAUGGGAACAAGUGCAACAAGCUGUGCGUUCCUCGGAACGACUACUUCGGCCACUAUCGCUGCGAGCCUUCUGGGGCCCAGGUGUGCCUGGAUGGCUGGAUGGGCCCGGACUGCACAAAGCCGAUCUGCAAACAAGGCUGCAACCUGCUACACGGUGGCUGUUCUGUCCCGGGCACAUGCGUGUGUAUGUAUGGCUGGAAUGGCACGUUCUGUGACCAGUGUAUUCUCCAUCCCGGAUGUGACCACGGGACCUGCACCCUCCCCUGGCAGUGCAACUGUGAGAAGAACUGGGGCGGCCUGAUGUGCGAUAAAGAUCUGAAUUACUGCGGCCACCACCAGCCCUGCGUCAACGGAGGGACCUGCAUGAACACCGAACCGGACAAGUACCACUGCGCCUGUCCGCAGGGCUACUCUGGAGACAACUGUGAGAUAGCUGAACACGCCUGUGUCUCCAACCCCUGCGCCAACGGUGGUACGUGCCACGAGGUCCCCUCAGGGUACGAGUGUCGAUGUCCGCCAGGCUGGGAGGGUCUGACCUGCGCCAACAAUCUGGACGACUGUGCCUCCAGUCCAUGCGCUCGGGGCGGGACCUGCAUUGACCUGGAUGAUGGCUUUGAGUGUGUGUGCCCCCCACAGUGGGAAGGAAAGACCUGCCAGAUAGACAUCAACAGCUGUCACGGUCAGUGCCAGAAUGGAGCAGUGUGCAAGACAAGCCAGAGAGGUUACCACUGCCAGUGUCCUCCUGGUUUUGUGGGCGCUCACUGUGAAAUCCAGAGGAAUAAAUGUGAAAGCCUGCCGUGUCAGAAUGGGGGUCGGUGUCACGUGUUGUUGGACAGCUUCGUGUGUGAAUGCCCAGCAGAGUUUGGUGGCCAGCUGUGUGAGAUCUCUAAUUGGUCCCCGUCAGACGCCUGCGAUCCCGACCCGUGUGAGAACGGGGCCACGUGCCACAGCAUGGACCAGGACUUCUACUGCGCUUGUCCCGAAGGCUACGAGGGGAAGACGUGUGAACGGCUCAAAGAGGAGUGCCACACCACCCCGUGUCAAGUUAUUGAUAGCUGCACAGUUGCCGUAGCAACCAACGACUCAGCCGCCGUACAGCGCAUCCCCUCUAACGUCUGCGGACCACGGGGGCGCUGCACCAGCCAGCCUUCAGGCAACUUCACCUGCACCUGUGAUCCGGGCUUCAGCGGCAUCUACUGCCAUGAAAAUAUUAAUGACUGCGUCAGCAGCCCCUGCAGGAACGGAGGCACCUGCAUCGAUCGCGUGAACGCCUUUCAGUGCUUCUGCCCGGACGGUUGGGAGGGUCCGCUCUGCGAUCUCAAUGUCAACGAGUGUAGACACAACCCCUGUAAGAACGGCGGACGCUGCGUUGACCUGGUGAACGACUUCCACUGCGAGUGCGCCGACAACUGGAAGGGGAAGACCUGCCAUUCCCGUGAGAGUCAGUGUGAUGAAACCACCUGCAGUAAUGGCGGCACCUGCUAUGACCACGGCGAUGGCUUCCGUUGUGCGUGCCCACCUGGCUGGGGAGGAAACACGUGCAACACAGCUAAAAACAGCACGUGCGCCUCGAGUCCUUGUUCCAACGGUGGGACAUGUGUGGGAGGAGGAGACACCUUCUCCUGCAUCUGCAAAGAGGGCUGGGAGGGCCCCACCUGUGAACUAAACACGGACGACUGCAACUCUCACCCAUGUUAUAACGGUGGGAUCUGUGUGGAUGGAGUGAACUGGUUCCGCUGUGAGUGUGCCCCAGGCUUUGCUGGACCCGACUGCAGAAUCAACAUAAAUGAGUGUCAGUCUUCUCCCUGUGCUUAUGGAGCCACUUGUGUGGACGAGAUCAAUGGCUUCCGGUGCAUCUGUCCUCUUGGAAGAUCCGGAGCACGAUGCCAAGAGUUCAUUGGUGUUGGGAAGCCUUGCCACUACACUGGUCUGCAGUUUCCCCAUGGCAGCCGCUGGGAGGAGGAGUGCAACAACUGCCACUGCUUCAACAGAAAAGUGGACUGCACAAAGGUGCUAUGCGGUCGUCGUCCCUGCCAGCUCGAAUCAUCAGGCCAGGAGCGGAGACAGAAGUCCUGCCCAGCUGGACAGGAGUGUCUGGAGCACAGCUACUACACCUGUUUCUCCCCCCCUUGCGGUCAGUGGGGGGUUUGUUCGAUGGCUGGACCCUUACCUCCACAAACGACAACAAAGUGCCAGCCAAACAGCGGCCAUUUGGACAACAGCUGCGGUCGCAUAACCCUCGUUUUUAACAGAGACAAAGUACCACCGGGAACUACAGUGGAGGACAUUUGCUUUGAGUUGAGGUAUCUUCCCGAUACCAGAAGCUUGGCUAAAGACCACGCCCUCCUUCUGCUUUGCGACCUCUCUCAUUCGAAUCAGGAUGCUGUAGAGGUGGCUAUAUCUUUCCAGCCGGAUAAUUUACCGGACCACAGUCUGAUCCAGGAGGCCGCCAGUGCCAUUGUGGGGACCUUAUCGAAGAGGCACAACAGCACCAUAAUGCUGGCAGUCAUUGAGGUCAAAGUGGAGACGCAGGUUAUGCCACCUUCAGUGGAUUACCUAGUGCCUCUUCUAUGUGUCGUCUUCUGUUUGCUAUGCCUCUUCUGCAUCAUCGUAUGCGUUUGGUGGACGCGCAAACGGAGAAAAGAGCGUGAAAGAACCUCACAAGCGGCUACCGACGCAAACGUCAACAACCACUGGGAGCCGCUGCGGCUCGUUGUGGGACGCGAGCAGCCACUGCCGCAGCAGCCGAAAGAAAACAACAGGGAGGCUGAGCAGGAGCGCAAAAAGCUCAUGGGCUCCUCCUGUCGGACGUGUGAUGAUGGUGAGGAGGAGGAGGACGAGGAGGAGGAAGAGACGGAGGGCGAGCUCGAGGAAGAGUGUGGAGGCGCCGAGGCAGGAAAGCAGCUAGUUUAUAAGUACUCUAAGACUGCGGUGCAGUCCAGUGGGGGGUUGAUCUGCACCCUGCACAGCUCCAGUUCACCCCUCAGAGCUCCCCACCGGACCGAAGGCUACAGCCCGAAAGACAACCGCUGGAAAAACGUCAGCGCCGUCUUUACCGGUCAGAAACAGCUCAGAGACCAUUGUGUAUAAGAAGUUUAAACGGAACAAUGCAGAAGCAAGAGGCUGCGAGGCAGCAACUAUUCUAUUACGUUGUGGACUUCUUUUGAAAAGGAAACAAGGCUUUGUGUUUUAUUAAGCCUUUCUUUUGUUUUUUUUGUUUGUCACUGGAGGCUGGAGCAUAGUGAACAUCUCGUUUUUGCUUCUGAUCUUCUGUGUUUCUUCGCGUAUAGGAGAAACUGAAAUGUAACAACUUUUUUUUUUCCAGGAAGCAAAAGAAGCUUUCUGUGAUUGUUUUUUU